AUGUCUCAACUAUAUUAUUUUUGUCCGCUUUGCGAAUCUCCAAACGUUUUUCAACACUAUCCUAAAUUAUUCGCUCAUAUUCGCGAUGAGCAUCGUGAAGAACCACCUUUUAGCAUCCGAUGUGAAUUAAGUAUGAUGUGUGGAUCUCGUUAUUCAUCUUAUGAUAGUUACCGACGCCAUAUUUAUCGCUGUCAUCGCUCUCUUCUCGAUUCGCUUGACAACAAUGAUACUAUAUCAUCCGCUGAUAUUUCUGAUAGUAUCGAAGAUUUAUUUUCUGAUCUUACAUUUGAUGAUACAUUACAAUGUGCUGGUGAUCCUGAUUCAUCUAUUUAUCCAGAUGAAGAAAUUGAUGAAUUAGAUCGUUUAUUUUCUUCGUUCGAUUCUGUUUCAUCUUCUUCUACGAAUCAACAACUCAAUUUUGAUAAACUUGCCCAAUUUUAUACAUAUUUUCUCCUUGAACUUCGAGAACAUCAUCUUCUUCCGCAGAAGAUCGUACAAUUAAUUUCAUCUAACAUCUGUAAACUAUUUGACAUGAUUAUCAAAUUAAUCAAAACAAAAGCACCAUCAACAACAUCACUUCUCUCGGUCACUGCUUAUGAAAAUGCUUUUGCGCACAUCACUUCGAUGAUCAAUUCCAUUAGUAAAAAUGAAUAUCAAUUUUUGAAACGAUGUAAGAAACACUUCAGUUAUGAACCUCCAGUUGAAAUUAUAUUAGAUCAACCUAAUGAACACGCGUAUUAUAUUCCUUUGAAAAAAAGUUUAUCUUAUACACUUCAAGAUGGUCAACUGUUACAUGCCAUUAUUGAUAAUAUCAAUUCGUUAUCAAAUCGUGUUGCGCAAGAUAAAGACCUAGUUUUAUCUAAUCGACAAGGUCAUUUCGUAAAAACAAACCUUUAUCGUCAAACAAAUUCAAAUGUCUUGCUAUUGAAAUUAUAUACAGAUGAUGAUCUACCUGAAGUAAUUCGUUCACAAGUUAAUUCCAUUGGUUUACAUUGUAUAUGUUAUACAAAACAUUUGAAUAAUGAUAACAGUAGAACGAUCUUAACCAACGUCCUUGUGGAGGAUAUUAAUAAACUUCAAAAUGAUGGCAUCACAAUUCCUUGUCUUUCGAGCAGAAUUUAUUUCGUUUUUUCUUCCGUUUGUGGUGAUAACUUAGCAUCGAAUGAAGUUGGUGGCUUUCAGAAAUCUUUCAGUUCAGGAAGUUUCUGUCGACAUUGUUUCAUUACUUAUGAACAAAAACAUAUUCCAUUAACUGACAUAUCGUUCGUACCUCGCACUCGUCUAAAGCACGAUUUUAUUCUUAAUCAAGUUAUACUUAACAACGGUCGUCAAAUCAUUCAAGGUGUCAAAGUUCCUAGUUGGUUUAAAGAUCUUAUCGGUUUUCAUCCAACAGAAUCACUACCACCAGAUGUAAUGCAUGAUUUUUCCGAAGAAGAAGAUAUUGAUGGCGCGACAUUAGCUUUACUUCAACAUAAUGAUCUCAUUCAAAUAUUUCCUCGUGUAAAAGAUCGUGUAAAAUUUGUUGAUCAACGUGCAAAAUUAAUUUUAUAUUAUAAUGAUCAACAAGCAAACAAAGAUGCAGCUACUCUUGGUGUAUCUGAUUCAACAUUAUCAGUGGUUCAAGUUUAUGAUGAAUUAGAAAAUAAUGAUAUGUUAAAUUCAGUAGAUGCAAAUGAAAAUAUAGUAACAAAUAAUCGUGCUUCAACAACAGAUCUUGGUUCUUCAUCAAGUUUACCUCUUAAUGAUGAUGUAGAUAUUGAUAAUAAACCUAUGUUACCAGAUGAUUAUGAAGGACCAAAUUUGACUAGUCGAAUGGAAGAGUAUAUUGAACAAGAAAAUAUAUCGAAAUUUAACCCGCAUACAAGAACAAGAAGCGAAGUAUUGACAUUAAUUUAUGAUCAUGUGACAAAAUCUUAUGAUUUAUUGUAUCCAAGCAAUGAUGACUACUUAAGAAUGGCAAAAUCGAUCGUUAACAAACUCCACAUUCCUCCAGCAUUAUCAAAAAAUUCAAUUAAAGACUGGCACGAAUCAAUUAAACAAAAAUUCAAACGUGAACGUAAACCUUUACAAAUGAGUAAUAAUUUAGUUAAAAGUAAACAAGAAAAAUAUGGCAAUGGUAAAACAAAUGGAAGACCGAAAAAAAAAAGUACAAUUCUACAAGCUGAACGUCGUCGUGUUGAUAUACCAUUGAUUAAUUUAGCUCAUCGAGAAAAUGAAAAUUUAUUAGUCAUGGUCAAUCAGAUGAACAUGGAAUUACUUAAAGAUGAUCCUAAUAAUGAAUUACUUCAUGAUCUUUGGAUACAAUCCUUCAACAUAAGACGUCUAUGUAUUCGUGAAUUGGAUAUAGUCGAAAUACUCGAACGUUUUCCCGGUUAUCGUCGUUCAGAAAUGAUCUUGGGUGAAGUAAAAGAAUCUACUGGUAUUGAUAUUGAAGAAAACGUCAAUGUUUUAUUACCAAAAUUUUUUGAUCAUAUACCUGAUAACAACUGUUUUUUAUCUGAUGUUUUACCUAUUCGUGUUAUUCGUGUACUAUGUAAACUAUUCAGCGAUACUGUUGCAAACAUAUUUACAUAUGAGGAGGUACUAACACCUGGUCCAUGUAUGAAAAUUCUUGAUAAUAAAUUUGAGCUUUACCUCGACUUCCACCUAGUAACACAUACAAGUUCUGCUUUUCAAGCUCUUGCACUUCUAAUAUCGUUGUAUUACGUAUUCGAAAUCAAAUUUGGUCAUCAUAACCGCUGUUCUCGUCUUCUUUAUGGUGUUCUGUUCGAGGACACACACUAUCUCAAUAAAGCGCUCAAGAAUUUGCUGAAUAGUUGGAAAUACAAGGUUGUAAAUCGAUCUUUUGUGCGACGACAAGUAGUAGUUACAAAUUUGGUAAAAAGUUUAACUCAACCUUCAACUACUAAUGAACAUGUCUCAUCACCAUCUGAUAUUUCUAAUGAAAUUGCACAAGUAUCACCUGAACAAUCUCGUCCUGAUCAAUAUACUUCAUCUCAAUUAAAUGUCACAAUAUCAAGAAAUAUUGAUGAAGAAAAUAUUAGUGAAAUUGAUGAAGAUGAUUUCACUCAACCAUCAGCUGCAGUUGAAGAUGAUAUUUAUCAAUCUUCAACUACUACUCGACAAGCUCUAGCUCCUCUAACAAACUCAUCAAUAACAAUUCAGAAUAAAUCAGCUGCAUUAACUCAUAUUCACGGUUCUUCCUUAAAUUUAAAUUCAAAAGAACUUGAUGAGAUUCAUGCAUCUCCAACAUCGUUAUUAGCACAACAAUGUGAAAAUGAAAUUGAUUGUCCAGAACAUCCAGCGAAAUCUUCUUCAACUGUUACAAGAAAACGCAGAAUAAAAACUCCACGUUCAUCUUCAUCUAUCUCAACACGGAAAUCAUCUGCACGACUUGAAGCUAAACGUGCCCGUCUACAAUGA